ACACUUUAAUUACUGCUGGAGAAGAAAAGGAAAAUGUGCUAAAGCUAAUUGACACUUUUGAAAGAAGCUUUAAUGAGUUUAAAGAAUUACAGGCCACAGUGCAAAGUUUGAUGAAAGAUGAAUACGAGAGAGAGGCUGAUCAAGUUGAUUGGUUUAUCCCGAAAGCUACUAGUUUCAGCACAUUUCUGGAAGGCGUAACGCAAUGGGCAAUGAGCAGUGAUGAGGUGCAUGAAGCCUGCGCAGUUUGGUCAGGUAACAUCUGCACAAUUACACCACUUCAGUGAUGCCUCAGAAAGCGGAUAUGGUUGUGUCUCCUACCUCCGUCUUGAGAAUGCUGAACAGGAAGUACAUAUAUCCUUUGUAAUGGGGAAGUCACGUGUAGCACCCCUGAAACAAAUGACCAUGCCAAGACUGGAGCUUACUGCUGCAAUGCUCGCAGUUAGGGUAGAUAAGCUACUCAGAACAGAGUUGCAGCUCACUCUGGAAAGUUCAGUCUUCUGGACCGAUAGUACAGCAGUGCUAAAAUACAUAAGAAAUGAAAACAAAAGGUACAAAACGUUUGUGGCCAAUAGGGUGCACACAAUAAGAGAAAUGACUGAAGUAAAACAAUGGAGAUACAUUGAGACAAAACUCAACCCAGCAGACUGUGCAUCUCGUGGGUGUAAAGCCAGUGCACUCACCCAGUCCACCACAUGGCUUAGUGGCCCACACUUUCUCAGGAAGCAAAAUUCUGAAUGGCCAAGGUCUGACAUUGACACGCAGGCAUUUGAUGGUGAUGCUGAGGUGAAGAGAGAUGUUGUAGUCAUGGCAACCACAAUUAACCAGAACCCAACCCACAACUUCAUACAGUACCACUCAAAUUGGAGUAAGCUCAUAAGAGCAGUGGCAUGGAUGCUUAGACUGAAAAGUGUGCUCCUGAACCUCAGUCAGAAAAGAAAGGAGAUGCUGAAUAUUGAUUCUGAUGACAAGAAACCACGGAAAAGGAAGGACAAAAUGAGAACUGGAACGAAAUGUACGAAUGCACAACUUACCUUGGAUGAGUUAAAGGCUGCAGAACAGGCCAUCAUUCAAUCUGCUCAGAGAGAAAGUUACCCAACCGAAAUGGAAACCUUGCAGAAGGGAAACACACAUGUUAGUAAACAUAGCACAAUUUGCAAACUGGACCCUUUCAUGCAGGAUGGACUCCUCCAUACUGGAGGGAGACUGAGCAAAAUGGCUAUCCCAGAAACUCAAAAACACCCUAUUACGAGGGCCGUGAGGGUGUGA